CGUAGACAAUAUACAUGAAAGUUUAUAGGCCUAGUUGAAUAAAUAUAAACAGAAAAUUAGUUGAAAAUUGUAUUUCACCGACUGUCACUUACAGUGGCUUUUCUUUUUUGGGCACCCAUUUCACUCAAAAUGAGAAGUAUACUUUUUGGAAUAGCAUUGUUAUAUGUAUUGCAUACGAGUUAUGGUGCUGAAUGUCAUGGAAAGCCUGACCCAAAUGCUACGUCAAACGAGAAUCCCAUCUACACAAAACCCCCCAGGUUUGUGAAAGCAAUAGAGAAUGGCAAGCUGUUUACACUGGGAGAGGGUGAUGACUUAAUCCACGUGCUCCAUCUUUGGGGAACCCCUUAUGAGAUGGGCUUCGCUCAGGGUACUCUGAUGAAAUAUGAAGCGACAUCUAUGGUGAAUGCCGUGUGGUCAUAUCUUGAGGAUCAGGUUGAAAGUGCAAUAAAUGGUACCCUGAAGCUGAAGAUAAGAGAAUGGUUUCUAAAGGAUGUUGCGGAUUUUGGACUAGAUACAGCUCUUGACUUGGAACUUCUUGCAACUAGGGCUUACACAGGCAAAUAUUUCAAUGAGGAGAUUCAGGGGAUGGCGGAUGCCACAGGGAUAGAUCCAAAGAAAAUUAUGAGAAUUCACAUGAUUGGGGAAUUGACCAAGGGUUCCUGUUCUAUGUUUGGUGCAUGGGGCAAGGCAACCGGUGAUAACUCUCUACUACAACUGAGGGCACUGGACUGGAAUGUGGAUGGCCCAUUCAAGGACUACCCCCAGGUGACUGUGUACCAUCCGAGGGGAAAUGGUAGUGUGGGUCAGGACUUUGCUAAUGUUGGAUGGACAGGUUGGAUCGGAUCGAUCCAAGGUAUGAAUUCCAAGAAAAUGGCUAUUUCUGAGAUUGGAGCUUCAUUUCCAGAUGCAACAUUUGGUUCCGAGUCACGAUUUGGAAUUCCUUUUACGUAUUUACUAAGGGACAUCCUACAAUUCGACCAGACAAUUGAUGAUUCUAUAAACCGUAUUGCCAACUCGAAACGUACAUGUGAUCUUAUUCUAGGAGUUGGAGAUGGGAAGCUAGGCGAAUUCCGAGGUAUUGAAUAUUCAGCCUCUGUUGCUAACUUCUAUGAUGAUGAAAACCUCAAACCAGAAGCUGAAUGGCAUCCCAAGAUUCAGAAUGUUGUCUAUUGGGGCAUGGAUUGGCUUUGUCCAGGAUACAGUUCAGUACUUGCAAGACAACUGAACAAGUACCAUGGCAACCUGGACGCUGGCUUCACCAUACACGAUGUAGUACCUAUUGUACAGACGGGAGACCUAUUGGUUAACGUUUAUGACCUUUCAAGGAAUAUAAUGUAUGUCUCGAAUGCACGAGCCACGGGAGAAAGUGGCCCCCAGUUUGCCUAUGACAGGCAAUUUUUACGGUUGGAUAUGGCACUCUUAUUCAGUGAAUCAGCACCUUUGGAAUGAUGAACUAUAUCACCAUUUUAAUAUUCAAUUUAGACUGAACUCUUCCGAUGUCCUUUUGGAACUCAAUAAAGAAUAUUGGAAUAAUGUGGAAUCAAAAAUUAUUGCCAUUAUUCUUUGAUAAAUACUCCAAUAUCUAUUGUAUUAUAUAACUUUCUGAAGAAAUCAUGCAUAAGAUCCAAUACAGUAUCUGAGUUAUAUAACCAAAUAGACACAUGUAUAACAACAGUAUACGGCAACAUUUGGAACUAAUAGUGCCAAGUAGAAAAUGUAAAAUAAUUGCAUUUAUCACUUAUUGUGGCCAAUUGGUUCAGGUGUAAUUGUUUCAUAUGUAAAUGUUCGGUCGCAUUGUGCUAAUGAGAGCAAGUAGUAUAUCAUAAA